GGAGGGAGACGGAGGAGGGGCCUCGCCCCCUUCACCCCCUUCCUGAAGCGCAGGCAAGCAGAGCCUGACUGUAGAGCUGCCGCCUCGACCUGCCCCCCCCCCACCUUCCCCACCUGCAGGGGAAAGGGGCCUCGAGAGUGCCGGGAGGCCGAGGAAGGAAGCCCCAGGGGAGGCGCGCGAGGGGGCUUCCUUGGCCCUCCCCGCGGAAACCGGCCCGUCCCCCCUCCCCUCCCUUGACCCUCCUCGGGCGGGGAGGGGGCAGGAGGACAUGUGGGGGGGCUUCGAGGGGAGAGUGGGGCGCCUCUGGGUCGCUCCCCCCUUCAGUAUUCUUGCCUGCCUGCCUGCUCCUCCUCCUGCUUGAGCUGCGGAUUUGAAUUUUGAACCUAUUCUGGUUUUUGGUUUUUUAUUUUUGGAGAGGUAGACCUUUUUUUAUCUUUCGGCUCUUCCUUCCCUCCGUUUGGACGGCUGUUGCUCCACUUUCUGGUUCUGUGGAAGGACGUGGCUGUUAUAUGAAGACGCUGUGUGGACAGUAAUGACCGCACGUUUCCGAUUGCCUGCUGGCAGAACCUACAAUGUUCGAGCAUCUGAGCUGGCACGAGACAGACAACAUACAGAAGUGGUCUGCAAUAUUCUUUUUCUGGAUAAUACUGUGCAAGCUUUCAGAGUUAACAAACAUGAUCAGGGUCAAGUUCUAUUAGAUGUAGUUUUCAGGCAUCUUGAUCUGACCGAGAGAGACUAUUUUGGUUUACAAUUGGCUGAUGAUUCUACUGAGAACCCGAGGUGGCUGGAUCCAAACAAGCCUAUCAGGAAACAAUUGAAGAGAGGAUCGCCUCACAGUUUGAACUUCAGAGUCAAAUUUUUUGUAAGCGAUCCUAAUAAACUUCAAGAAGAAUACACACGGUACCAAUAUUUUUUGCAAAUUAAACAAGACAUUCUAACUGGAAGGUUGUCCUGCCCUUAUAAUACUGCUGCACUCUUGGCUUCCUAUGCUGUUCAGUCUGAGCUGGGAGACUACAAUUUUUCAGAGAACUUCCCAGACUACCUCUCAGACUACACUUUCAUCCCCGGUCAACCUCAAGACUUUGAAAAAGAAGUAUCCAAACUACAUCAGCAGCAUAUAGGUUUAUCUCCAGCUGAAUCAGAAUUUAGUUAUCUCAGCACAGCUCGAACCUUAGAACUCUAUGGAGUUGAGUUGCACUAUGCACGGGAUCAAAGUAACAAUGAAAUUAUGAUUGGAGUAAUGUCUGGAGGCAUAUUAAUUUAUAAGAAUAGGGUACGAAUUAACACCUUCCCAUGGUUGAAGAUUAUCAAAAUUUCUUUUAAGUGCAAACAGUUUUUUAUUCAGCUUAGAAAAGAAUUGCAUGAAUCUAGAGAAACUUUGCUUGGAUUCAACAUGGUGAAUUAUCGAGCCUGUAAGAAUUUAUGGAAAGCUUGCGUAGAACAUCAUACCUUUUUCCGGUUAGACCGACCACUGCCACCCCAGAAGAACUUUUUUGCACAUUAUUUUACUUUGGGUUCAAAGUUCCGGUACUGUGGGAGAACAGAGGUUCAGUCUGUACAGUAUGGAAAAGAAAAGGCUAAUAAGGAUAGAGUAUUUGCCAGAUCUCCAAGUAAACCUCUGGCUCGCAAGUUAAUAAGUGGAAUGGAUUGGGAGGUUGUCAGCAGAAAUUCAUUGUCUGAUGAUCGGUUAGAAACUCAGAGCUUGCCAUCACGUUCUCCACCUGGAACCCCUAAUCAUCGCAACUCUACUUUUACUCAAGAAGGAAACCGUUUACGGCCAUCUUCCGUUGGACAUCUAGUGGACCAUGUUGUCCAUCCUUCACCAAGUGAAGUUUUUGCAAAUCAUCGAUCUCCUUCUUCCACACAGGCCAACAGUAUCAUUCUAGAAUCAUCACCAUCUCAAGAAACCCCUGUAGAUGGGAAACCACCUGCACUGCCACCUAAACAAUCUAAAAAGAACAGUUGGAACCAAAUUCAUUAUUCACAUUCACAACUAGAAUUGGACAACCAUAUAAAUGAAACAUAUGAUGAUGACUCUUCUUCAUCUCCUGAAAAAUCUACGCCCAAUGGUGGAAUUCCACAUGACAAUCUCGUUCUAAUCAGAAUGAGACCUGAUGAAAAUGGAAGAUUUGGAUUCAAUGUAAAGGGUGGGUAUGACCAGAAGAUGCCAGUCAUAGUGUCCAGGGUGGCUCCAGGAACACCUGCAGAUAUUUGUGUUCCUCGUUUGAAUGAAGGAGACCAGGUUGUAUUGAUCAAUGGCAGAGAUAUAUCAGAACAUACCCAUGAUCAGGUUGUCAUGUUUAUUAAAGCUAGCUGUGAACGGCACUCCGGUGAACUUGUACUCCUAGUUCGGCCCAAUGCUGUUUACGAUGUAGUGGAAGAGAAGCUGGAGAGUGAGCCAGACUUUCAGUACAUCCCUGAAAAGUCACCACAUGAUGGAGUCCACCAGGAUGACAAUGCUCUGAGGGAAUCUAUGUUUCAGCUGGCAGAGGGGCUUAUUACUGGGACUGUCCUGGCUCAGUUUGAUCAACUUUAUAGGAAGAAACCUGGGAUGACAAUGUCUUGUGCCAAAUUACCUCAAAAUCUUUCCAAAAAUAGAUACAGAGACAUUUCGCCUUAUGAUGCUACACGGGUCAUUUUAAAGAGUAAUGAUGAUUACAUCAAUGCAAAUUAUAUAAAUAUGGAAAUCCCUUCUUCCAGUAUAAUAAAUAAAUACAUUGCUUGCCAAGGUCCUUUACCCAAUACAUGUCCCGAUUUUUGGCAGAUGACUUGGGAGCAAGGUUCAUCCAUGGUGGUUAUGUUAACCACGCAAGUGGAACGAGGCAGAGUAAAAUGCCAUCAGUACUGGCCAGAGCCCAGUGGAAGCUCCUCAUAUGGAAAUUUCCAGAUCACUUGCCACUCAGAAGAAGGAAAUCCUGCUUAUGUCUUCAGAGAGAUGACGUUGUCUAACCUGGAGAAAAAUGAAGACCGUCAGCUCACACAAAUCCAGUAUAUCGCAUGGCCUGAUCAUGGGGUCCCUGAUGAUUCCAGUGAUUUUCUGGAUUUUGUAUGUCUUGUCCGGAAAAAAAGAGCUGGCAGAGAAGAACCAGUCAUUGUUCACUGCAGUGCUGGGAUUGGACGAACUGGUGUUCUUAUCACCAUGGAAACAGCUAUGUGUCUUAUUGAAUGUAACCAGCCUGUUUACCCAUUGGAUAUUGUGAGAACCAUGAGAGAUCAAAGGGCCAUGAUGAUCCAAACUCCUAGUCAAUACAGAUUUGUUUGCGAGGCUAUUUUGAAAGUGUACGAAGAAGAACUUGUUAGACCUUUAAAGACAUCACUGCAUUAAUAGAAGGCAAACAAUACUUUACAGAAGAAUCCAUGUAAGACUGCACUUGUUGUGCCAUAACAUUGCUUGCAAGAAAUGAUGUCUGAAAACAAUGAAGAACUGAAAUGGACUUGGAAAAACUUCAGCACUGUUGCACUUUAUGUUAAAACUGAAAACUGGUCUCUGAAACACUAUGAUUUUUUUCCCUGUCUCUUGGAAGACUUCCUUUAUGCUUUGCUUCGAACAAACCACAGACUGAAUGAACUCCAUGCGUUCUGGAUAGCUUUCCAGAGUUUGUUGUAGUGCCAUAUAGUCCCUUUGGUUUGAACUGCUACAAAAGAAAGGCUUGGAACACUCUCGCUCUUUAUUUGACACCUUUCUCUCUCUUUUUUAAAGCAACAACAGUACACAUAAAGCCAUUUCUUCCAGUGCUACAA